ACCGUUCCCAUCCAGUCUAGCGUGGUGUUAUGUUCCUGCCCAUCCCCAUCAAUGGUGAGGACACAGACCGAAUCUGGCAAAGCUCCCAGCGUUCCCAGUGGUGGCAGCAGGCAGGGCCCCACCAUGGAUGGCACCACAGCCGAGUCCCGGCCAAGUGCCAACCCCCUGCAGCAUGCCGCUCAGCCACCACCACAGCCUCGAAAGAAACGGCCUGAAGACUUCAAGUUUGGAAAAAUUCUUGGCGAAGGUUCUUUUUCAACAGUUGUCCUGGCCCGAGAACUAGCCACCUCUCGAGAAUAUGCUAUUAAAAUUCUGGAGAAACGUCAUAUUAUAAAAGAAAACAAAGUCCCAUAUGUAACCAGAGAGCGAGAUGUGAUGUCACGGCUGGAUCACCCCUUCUUUGUUAAGCUUUACUUCACAUUUCAGGAUGAUGAAAAGCUGUACUUUGGCCUUAGCUAUGCCAAAAAUGGAGAAUUACUUAAAUACAUCCGCAAAAUUGGUUCAUUUGAUGAGACCUGUACCCGAUUUUAUACAGCUGAGAUCGUUUCUGCUCUUGAGUACCUGCAUGGCAAGGGCAUCAUUCACAGAGACCUUAAACCAGAAAACAUUUUGUUAAAUGAAGACAUGCACAUCCAAAUCACAGAUUUUGGAACAGCAAAAGUGUUAUCCCCAGAGAGCAAACAAGCCAGGGCCAACUCAUUUGUAGGAACAGCACAGUAUGUUUCUCCAGAGCUGCUCACAGAGAAGUCAGCCUGUAAGAGUUCAGACCUUUGGGCUCUUGGAUGUAUAAUAUACCAGCUUGUGGCAGGACUCCCACCAUUCCGAGCCGGAAAUGAGUAUCUUAUAUUUCAGAAGAUCAUUAAGUUGGAAUAUGACUUCCCAGAAAAAUUCUUCCCUAAGGCAAGAGACCUUGUGGAAAAACUCUUGGUUUUGGAUGCCACAAAGCGGUUAGGCUGUGAAGAGAUGGAAGGAUACGAACCUCUCAAGGCUCAUCCAUUCUUUGAAUCCAUCACGUGGGAGAAUCUGCACCAGCAGACACCCCCGAAGCUCACAGCUUACUUGCCAGCCAUGUCAGAGGACGACGAGGACUGCUAUGGCAAUUAUGAUAAUCUCCUGAGCCAGUUUGGCUGCAUGCAAGUGUCAUCAUCUUCCUCCUCCCAUUCCCUGUCUGUGGUGGAUGCCAGCCUGCCCCAUAGGUCGGGCAGCAACAUAGAGCAGUACAUCCAUGAUUUGGACACUAACUCUUUUGAACUGGACUUACAAUUUUCUGAAGAUGAGAAGAGGUUGUUAUUGGAGAAGCAGGCUGGUGGAAACCCUUGGCACCAGUUUGUAGAAAAUAAUUUAAUACUAAAAAUGGGUCCAGUGGAUAAGCGAAAGGGUUUGUUUGCACGAAGACGACAGUUGUUGCUCACAGAAGGGCCACAUUUAUACUAUGUUGAUCCUGUCAACAAAGUCCUGAAAGGUGAAAUUCCGUGGUCACAAGAACUCCGACCAGAAGCCAAGAAUUUUAAAACUUUCUUUGUCCACACGCCUAACAGGACAUAUUACCUGAUGGAUCCAAGCGGGAAUGCUCACAAGUGGUGCAGAAAGAUCCAGGAGGUUUGGAGGCAGCGAUACCAGAGCCACCCAGAUGCCGCUGUGCAGUGACACAGCCUGCGGCCAGGCCGCCCUUUGCUGCCAGGACACCUGCCCCAGGGCGGCUCGGCCGCCACCCAGGACGCUUCCAGACCAUCUGCCAGCCAUCCCAAGGAGAACACAGACGGCGGAAACCUUGCAGCUUUUUUAUUUAAAAGAAAAGAAGAAAAAAUACCCAAUCACACAAAGAACAAAACUAAUAACAAACAGGAUUUCAGGGUCACUCUGUUUGUUCUCUAUGCUCUGCUGAGGCUUCCUUGUGCAUUUGUGGCUAUGGAGACCCAGCCCCAUGCACAACAGCCCAGCUCCCAACCAGACCAAUGGCCAGACUUGGUGUCACCAGCCCCUCCUAACAUCUGUUGGAACCAUGUACUUGCCUCCACCCCUCCCUACCUGCCUUCCACUGCCCUUGCUGUGGCCUAGGGACUGGGUGUGUUCCCCGCCUCAUUGUCAUGGACUCUUAGCCAGGAGCCUCUGCACACCUCUGCUGGGGUGGCCACCAGCUCUCUGAGCAUAGGUUUCUAAAUUUGUGUGUGUGCUGCUUUCCCUGUGUCCCUCCUGUAUGGCCUUGGAGCAGCCAUUCCCCUCCUGUGCCUCCUGGCUUGGCUCUAGUGGUAGGAUAUGUAUGGUCCUUGCUAUCUGGCAGGCAAACUGCUGAGGUGAGGAGUGGCCAGGCUGCUACAGUUGGAAAACACCCUCACAGGGCUCAACUCCCACAUCCCACCUCCUAGCUGGGUCCAUCACUGGGACUGGAUGCCAAGCCAGUCGUGUGGCUGGGAGGGACACUGUGUUACAGGAGCCUAGUUAGCGCCUAGCUGGAUCUUUUCCUAAGAAUACAAAGUCCUCACCUGUAUGAGGAUGAGGCCCAGAGAAACUGCAGAGGAACCAACCAGAGCAGGGCUGAUGGCCUCCAUGUGGAGGAGUGAGGCCUCGGGCCUUUCUGAGAGUCUCUGAAAAGGUUUAAAUGUGUAGCCGCCUGCCCAGUGGGAUUAUGUGCUGAGAGAGAAUCUUGGUGUCCGCAGCCCUGGGGUGCUUCACCCUCCUGUGUAGCCUCACAUGCCCCUUGUUUUUGUUGAGGUUAAACCUUUCUCAGAGUUACCUCAGUUUCUGUUACUGUGUUGAACCAAACUUUUCACAUUGCCUAGUCACUUGGUCCUAUAGGAUGGACUUUGCUUCGACAAAAAGUGGCUUACUAUUUUCUAGGACUCAAAAACAACCCAUUAAAUUUGAGCCUACCCAGCCUGGCAUCCUUUGCCAGUUUUAGGGCUACUUCCCUUUGAUGCUUUAGUGGGUGUGCUCCCUAGCUUUGCUUUAUUAUUCCCAGGAAAAGUGCUCCAGAGGGACCCAGUUGUGCCCGUUCCUGCCUAGAUUGUCCGUAUAGUGACUUAGACCCAUUGGGAGAAGAGCAGUCUCCCCACGUAUAUGCCUCUGACACUCAUGUCCCCAAGGCAGGAACAACUUUGUCAUUUCUGUAGAUUUUCACAAAGGCACCAGCAAAAGGCCCACACAGAAAAGAUUCCCCCACUUCCUUUCUCCGGUGACCAUUUGUGACCCUGUGCGCCAGGCCAGUUUCCAAAACUUUUAAUGAUAAGAAUGGCUCUUUUUAAGCUGGAGAAAGAGAGAUGUGGGUCUGCUGUUGUGCUGGGGUAUAAACACUGGGUGGAAGGAGAGACUGCUCCCUAGGCUUUGCCAGCCAUUUCUGUGAGGGUUUCGCACAAGCAACCAAGCAUGUGUUGGAGCCCCACCUGUCCUUGGGACACCCAAGGAGCAGAACCCAAGUUUGAUUCAGGGCCCUAAGGCGGUGCCCCUUUCCUAGGUUUUAGGGAGAUUUGCCCAUGUUAAGUGAGGCUCACCUGGCCAUUUCUUUCUUGGAAAGACUCACUCCCCUUGUUGCUGUCUUGACCUCUUCAAAAUGUCCCACAUCUUUGUGUGCAGGGGCAGCUCCCUGACUCUACACACACAGAUGCAGGGAAAGCAGUGCCCAAGGGCACCUGACUACCAGGAAAUAAGGGGACUCAGAUUUUGCUUGAAUAAGAGUACCAUACCAGCCACAGGCAAGCAAGGAGAGUCUUCUAUUGCUUCUUCCCUCUGGAGAGUGCCACUACCUCUGCAGCUUCAUCAAAAAGCACUGUCCUAACCUCCAGAGCCACAGAUGAAGGCUCAGAGCCAAAAGCUAAGAUGACUGUCCCUGCCUGUGCUGAUAGCUGAGCCUUUCUUGGGUCAGCUUUGUUGUCACUCACAGUCCCUCUUUUCCUUGCUUUUUUGUUUAAGGCCCAUGCAGGUUCUUUUCUUGCCCAAACUUACAUCAAAUUCAGUUUUUUCCCAACCACCCUUAGAGCUGUCACCCGGCAUAUAGGUGCCUUAGGUUCUGGGACAGGGAUGCAUAGAUGGAAAUUUGUCCAAAGUGGGGACCUGUCCAAGGUGAGAAAGUAAUGUCCUCUUAAUAGCUCCAGGAGUCAUGUGUCCUAAGAAAAGGGAAGGACAAGCACAAAUGCCAUGACUACACCCUCUGUGGCCUCUCCUGGCAUAGAGGGGCAGGAGAUGUGGUCAUUGAAAGCUCAGAGAGUUCACCGUGCACUGCCUUUCCCUGAGGACACAGAGAAGUCUUGAGUUUGCGUGGGUUGUUUCUACUCUUUCUGUGACUCCACCAAGGGCAGCAGGCAGCUCUGUGUGGAGCUCUGAGCCUCUUUAUCCUAGAAAGUGGCUACCCAUUCUCAACCUGUUAAGUUUUAUUUGAGAAAGAUGGCUCAUGUCAGGCCAAAGCUGACAGGAAUUUCACCUAUUCCAGCUCUCUUGGGUUGCCCUGUGGUAGUUGUGCUCCAUGCCUGAGGGACUGUAUAGACAGCCCCAUGAUAUAGACACUCAGGGUGCCAGUUAAGAGGUUCCCAGUGAUUUUGUACCUUCUUAAAAGUAACAUUGGUUUUCUGAAAAAAGAAAUUAACUGUAGACUUAGAACCCAGAGAGCACUGUGGGCAUUUUGGCCCAGAUCCUGUCCACACCUCUUCACCCUAGCAUUUGUGUGCUUUUGUAACUAAACUGGGAACAUAUACACCAUUUUGCAUCCAGCUUUUUCAUUUGAUAGUUCAUCCUAAUCAUUUUCCCAUGUCAUGAACCGUUCUUCAAAAGCAUGAUUUUUUUGUAGAGUCUAAGGCUUGUAAAUUUUAUGAUAAUUUAUCUGACCAUUUUUCUGUUGUAAAACAUUUAGAUGGUUUCUGGUUUUUCACUAUAUAAAUAAUGCUGUGAUGAAUAUCUUUAUCCCCCCUUAAAUGCCUGCAAGUGGUAUUUUCGGGUGAAAGAUUUUGUUCAUUUCACUGAUACUCUUCCCUCUUGGUCUGAUGCUUAGAUUCUCUAAGUUCUAAUAGAACCUACUUCUUGGUGUCCUACAGAUUCUGAACAAAUCAGUUUCUGCUAAGCUGUGUGUCACAAAAAAAUGUUUGAAUAUGACUGCUUUUUUUUUAUGCUACAAUGGUGUCAUUACUGCAUAUCCAUUUGUGACAGAUUUUUACAGGAGCCAGUUUCCUUAUUUUCAUUGCAAGAAUCUGAUCACGAGUGCAUGUUAGUUCUCUUCCAUCCCUGCUGCUAUGGCUUCCAAGAGCUUGGUGAUGUUUUCAUAAUCUUGUACUUUGUGUCCACAAUGGUACUGAAUCCUUCUGCACAUUCAGCAGAGAUAAGUGUUGAACUGACCUUGCCACAUGCUUAGUGGGUGAUUUGUAAUUAAGUUAUAGAUUUAGAAAGUACAUUGGGCCAUUUGGAAUUGGUAACAGAGGAAAGGCUCUCAUUGAAAAAGAAACCAUGUAGAUGAUUGAGUUUUACAGAUGUGUAUGUGUUUAUCCCCUUCCACUAUCAAAAGGUCUUCAUGGUUUGGGACAGCAAAAAUGGCCGGGCCUCUUUAUUGUAGAGUGUGGGUAACCCAGCUUUCACAGGUGUAAGGUUUUCUCUCUCCUUCCUGCCCACAAUCCUUCAGGGUAGCUAAUGGCCUUGUAAGUCAGACCACCCAAAUUUGAUUGAUUCUUGUAUCUCCGGGUUGGUUGUGAUCUAUUGAUUUUGAAAGGAAAUAUGCAUAAGGGAUUUUAUGGGUGCCAUGCUCAGUGCCACUUGAGUCUACCAGAGCUAAUGGCUGAAUUGUGCAGAACUGGGCUGCUUGUCCUCAGGUGCCCCUCCUCUGGACCUUUGCCUGAUCCACAGACCCAAGGUGCUCAUUGCUAAAUCUUGAGUGGUUGCAGCUGCUGUGAGACUAUGGUAAAAGUACUAUGUUCUAGAAGAUGUCAUUUUACACCUUUUUCCAUUUUGUUUCAUUGCAACCUAACAUGAACUGAAGGUGACUCAAGUGAGCCUGGCUCGCUCUUAGGCAGAGCAUAUGGCAAGUGCCCUUGAAUCAGACUGGAGCCACUUCCAGAGCCUCUGAGGGGUGCUGGCUACUGGCCCAAGACUGCAUGGUUGUAAAUCAGUCUGCCUGUGAAGAGUUGUUCUGGGGAGGAAGCUGUUUCUGGCAAAGAACAGUUUUAUCAUUGCUGAGGUGGUCAUGAAUGAGCCAUGUGAAUACCUGAGUUUUCCCUGUAACUCAUUUCUUCAUGAUGAAGAAACUCCAAACUCUGUACAGAGAACUUUUUACAAAAGGCAAAUCUUUUUAACCUAUGUAGCCCACCCUAGUUUGUCUGGCUGAAUGACUAUAAGUAGGUCAUUG